AGUGGCACAAAUCCUAUCCCUAGCUCUAUAUAUACACAUUUGACACACAUAUACUCUAUAUCCCACGCAAAUGCAUUUCUUAGCUUUAUCCAUCUUCAGUAAAUUCACUGGCUCUUUUAAGUUCGAUCUAUCUUGAUGCCAAAGAAAGUGGAGCUUGAAGGAAGAAGCAGAGCUCCAAAAGGGCACUUUGUGGUUUAUGUGGGCAAUGAAAUGAAAAGGUUUGUUGUUCCCACUUCUUACUUGAAGAGUCCUAUCUUCCAGGAAUUGCUAGAUAAAGCUGCAGAGGAAUUCGGAUUUGAUAACCAAAAUGGAAUAGUUUUGCCUUGUGAUGAAUCCACUUUCAACAGGCUUACAGCAUUCUUGGCCAAGCAUCACUCAUAGAUUAAUUAUGAGCUUUCCAUUUUUGUGUUUGAGUUACAUGUUUGUGUUUGCAAAUGUAAUUAAGAGACAACUUGUCUAUGAGAAUAACACCUACUUGUAUUGAUAAGGUAA